AUGUCAUCGAUCAAAGGACCUGCACCAGCUCCUGAGUCCUUCCCCCGUGCCGAGAAGCUGAAGAUUGGUAUCGUGCAUGCUCGAUGGAACAAGGAAGUUAUUGACGCGCUUGUCACGGGGACGCUUGAAUCUCUUGAGAAGGCGGGCGUAAAGGCCGAGCAGGUGGCCAUCGACUCGGUACCCGGCAGCUGGGAGCUGCCCAUGGGCACACUCAAGAUGAUCAAGCGCGAGAAUGUAGAUGCCGUUGUCUCCAUUGGAUGUGUGAUCAAGGGAUCGACGAUGCACUUUGAGUACAUCUGCGACAACAGCCUCAAAGGUCUCAUGCGAGUCAGCCUGGACACGCAAGUCCCAGUGAUCCUUGGCGUGCUCACGGCGCUGGACGAGGACCAGGCCCUUGAGCGCGCGGGUAUCGGCCGCAAGAAGCCUGGUCACAACCACGGUCUAGAAUGGGGCACUGCUGCUGUGGAAAUGGCUCUCAAGGAGCCCAAGCCCGAGACGCCUUAG